GUGAGUACCUGCCCAUGCGUCACAUCCUCCCCAUCAUUCCCUUAUCUUAUCUUGCGGAUCGACCGACCUCUCAGAGCGAUCUGGGAGCUUUGUCGUUACUUGAUUUCCAUUAAUUCAUCAUUUGCCUACCUGCUUAUUACAGAACCCGAAGCUCAAGCUCGAAGUGGGUCCCAAUCUUGGAGAGGUACCUCUGGGCUAACCUCUUUCUUGUUUAACCAUUCAGACCUGCCCCAGCCCAAGCUUCCCGGCCUCGUCGACAAGAUUCCUGUUCUACCUCACGCUUCGGAACUGGCUGCAAAACCACCGCAGCGCCCAGUCACUCCCCCGCAAGCCAUUAAGCCGACGCCUCCGCAUCCGCAUCAGUCUCGCUCCGCCGCGAAGGUGUCGAUGGAUUACCCCGACGACCCGUGGAAUACGCCCGACCUGCACAAGAACCACAACCACCCGCCCGACCCGCACCGCCCGAAUAUUGUCGAUGCGCCCGUUCCUGCUGUUAAUGGCAACGGAGUGCACGGCGCCGUGCCCGAGCACGGGCUGCCGACGAGGACGACCUCGACCUUCACCACUGGCACCGUUGGUUCGGGUACGGGAUCGGCUCGUCGGAGCACCGGGUCUGUAGGUGGCAGCUCUGGCGGCGAGUGGGGCUACUAUGAUAGCAGUGCAGGUAGCUUCACUGCAGCCCCGGCCGGCGACUUGGGGACGAGUCCCUUCGGCGGCGGCAACGGCGGUGGACGAGAGCCGGGAGGCCAGCCGCCGGCCGUGACCCCUACCAGGACGAUUGGCAGCGGGAGGACAGGAAACGCCAUUGAGGAGAACAUUGUGGUCUCGCUCAUGCCUGAGAAGGAGGGCGUGUUCCUGUUCCAACACCACAAUUACGAAGUCCUGAGCACGAGGAGGGGGGGCAAGGUCAUCAGGAGGUACAGUGACUUUGUCUGGUUACUGGAUUGCUUGCACAAGCGCUAUCCUUUCCGAGCAUUGCCUCUGCUGCCUCCAAAACGAGUUGCCGUCAACGGUAACCACUUCUCCAACGAUGGCGCCUUUAUUGAGAAACGUCGGCGCGGUUUGGCUAGGUUCCUCAAUGGCCUAGUCCGACAUCCCAUCCUCAGUCAGGAACAGUUGGUGGUUAUGUUCCUAACCGUGCCAACUGAGCUCUCGGUCUGGCGUAAACAGGCCACAAUCUCGGUCCAGGAUGAGUUCACCGGCCGGCCACUCCCUCCGGGGCUCGAAGACUCCCUCUCCCCUGUUCUAGACGACAUGUUCGAUCGUACCCAGUCUGGCAUCCGUCGCAGCUCCGACCUAUACAUCAGCGUGUGCAACAUUAUGGACCGUCUCGUGAAGCGCUACAUCGGGGUAUCGGCGGACCAUGCACGCAUCGCCAUGUCACUCACCGCCCUCGCGGAAGCCAGCGGCGACACCUACGCCACGGAUACCAACGACGUCCCGUUGCUCAACGACGGCCUGCAGGCGAUGAGCAAGCAUCUGAGGUCCGGGCAGUCGCUCAUGGAGGACGAGGCCCACGCGUGGGACGAGGGUGUCCUGGAGGAUCUGAAGAGGCAGCGCGAUGCCCUCGUUUCGGUCAGGGAUCUGUUCGACCGCCGAGAGAGGCUGGACAGGGAUAACAUCCCGUCCCUGGAGAAGAGGAUACACAGCAACGAGACAAAACUGGCGCAUCUGAGAUCCAAGCCGGAUGGAAUGGUCAAGCCGGGGGAGAUCGAUAAGGUCGUGGAGGCUAUCAUCAAGGAUAAGGAGUCUAUCGUCAACCAGCAUAACCGGUCUGUCUUCAUCAAGGAAUGCCUCAGGGAUGAGCUCAUAUACUUCCAGAGCACACAGUACCACGUCUCCCGGUGGAACCAGGACUGGUCCCAGGAGCGCGUCAAGUACUCAGAGCUGUUGGCCGACAACUGGCGUAGCCUGGUGGACGAGCUCGAGGGCAUGCCCACGGGUGAUUAGCAGCCGGUGUAGAAGAUAUGGAGAAACGGAGGGAGGGAGGGUUGUCCACACAUGGGAGGGCCGCAGCAGAUGGAGCGAUAUACCCCUUGGUUAUUGCUUUCUUUUUCUUUCUCUCUUAAUGUUGUCUUCAGCGCUGUUCAAUGCAUCAUCCAGCGUUACGAUCCAUCCAUGUCAGGUUAUAAUUGUCAAAUUGAUGUUGGUGUGCCUCUAUUGGGUCUAUGGGAGCUUUCUAUUUGCUUGUAGAAUAAGGUGCAGUACAUAAAUUGAACAUGUCGGUUGUUCUCUUU